AUGACAGAUGGCAGGAGCCACCCCCAGCCUGGGGAUCUAAUCGAGAUCGACCGGCGUGCUUACCAGCACUGGGCCCUCUACAUGGGCGAUGGAUAUGUCAUCAACGUGACACCUGUAGAUGAAGGAGCCCCUUCCCUUUUGGUGAGCACCACAUCAGUAUUCACCAGAAAGGCCAAGGUGAAGAAGCAGCUCCUGAAAGAGGUGGUGGGAGAUCAUAAAUGGCGUGUCAACAACAAGUAUGACUGCUCCCGCAUUCCUCGCCCAGUGGAGGAGAUCAUCCGGAGAGCUGAGCAGUGGAUUGACAAGGAGGUGGAUUAUGAUGUGCUUGGCAGCAACUGUGAGCACUUUGUGACAGAGCUUCGCUAUGGAGAGGCAGUCUCUGAGCAGGUGAGAAAUGUAGUUAUCGGGACUGUGGCAGCUGUAGGAGGUGUCCUUCUUGCUGGUCUUGCUGCUGCUGUUGUGAAGAGCUUCUCUUCUAAAUCGAGUAAAGAGAGGAACUGCUAG